UCUCAGAAACUGAGAGAAGCAUGCGAGGUUUUGGGAUGCUUCAGGAUCGUGAACCACGAGAUUCCAUUGAAGCUGAUGUCAGAGAAGGAGUGGUGAGAUCUCUGCUUGAUCUUCCCUCUGAGAUCAAGAGAAGGAAUGCGGAUGUCAUAAUUGGAAGUGGCACCCAGCGAGAUCAACCCUCUGUAUGAGGCUCUGUGAUCAGGGCUCUCCUCAGGCUGUGCAUGCUUUUUGCUGCCUACUGGAUGCCUCUCUUCACCACAACUCUCUCUCUCUCUCUCACACCUGUAAUAUUUUGUUUCAAUCCAAUUGACUGCCAUUGUACAUGGUUCCUCUUAUCUUGUAGAAAGACAAUCGAGAGCUAUGCCCAAGCAAUGCACAAACUAGUUGCGAACAUAGCAGCGAAACUAGCACAAACAGCGGGGUUAAGCGGUGAGCCAUUCAAAGAAUGGAGUUGCCACUUCAGGAUGAACAAGUACAGCUUCACUCCUGUGACUCUUGGCUCUUCAGAAGUCGUACAUAUGGACUCGAGAUUACUCACCAUCCUUCAGGACGACGACAACGUGAGCGGUCUUAAUGUGAUGGAUUCCUCCGGCUCGUUUAUGGCCCUUGACCCUUGGCCCGGUACGUUCCUCGUCAACCUCGGAGACGUGGCAGCGAUAUGGAGCAAUGGGAGGUGGCGCAACCUGAAGCACCGCGUGCUGUGCAAGGAGGCCGCCGCUCGGGUGUCGAUUGCCACAUUCCUCUUAGACCGAAGGAGGGGGUCGUCGAAGCGCCGCCGCCGCUCGUCAAUCCUAACCACCUGCAUCUCUACGGCCCCGUGGUUUACGAAGAAUUCAGAAACCUGAGGAUCUCCUAGAACCUGUGGGCCGGCGAAGCUCUCACGUUCGUGCACCCCCAAUUCCAAUCAUAUCUAUGCUUUGCGGGCAAUUUCAUAAACAACGUUCGAUACCAUCAAAAGUUGUGGCCCAAUUAUUAGGGGCUACACUAUUUUCUAGGAGGUUACAAGUUUGAGCCAUUUUCAGCAAACUUCAAUCAG